CCUCUUUCUCCAUCUUGUCAUUUAAUUCCCCUCCCCCAUUGAACUUCAAGGUAUCCAGGGGGGGAAAGACAAUCCGCCACCAUCUUCCUCUUUGCCGCCUUUCCCCGUCCUGAAAACCCGCUCAUCGGAACCCCCUCACCCGGCGCGUCGAGCCCAGUUCAUACUAAAUGAGCUUCCCCCGCGAUGUCAGAGCGGCUGGGGCAGAAUGCAAAAGGGAAGGAUGGCAAGAAGUAUUCGUCCCUCAAUCUAUUUGAUACUUACAAGGGCAAGUCCUUAGAGGUGCAGAAACCGACAGUCACCCCCCGCCAUGGCUUGCAGAGUCUCGGUAAAGUUGCUAUUGCCCGGCGCAUGCCCCCCCCAGCCAACCUUCCGAGUUUGAAAGCAGAAAACAAAGGGAAUGACCCAAACGUUACACUAGUCCCCAAAGACGGAUCAGGAUGGGCAAGCAAGCAGGACACGCCAGAGCCAAAGAGUACCGAUGUGUCUCCAGCAGUGCAGCCGGAGUCGCAGCCACAGCCGGCUUCACAGACGCCUGCAUUAAACCCGCCGAAACUUACCCAAGUUCCACAAGAGGCCCCCCCUCCGGUCGUCGCCGCCGUAAAGACUUGGGCACAGGCCAGUGUUACUCAUGGAGUACAAGGAGAUGGUGGAAAGGUAUCAAGCCGACUAUCGCCAUUCUCUCGAGAGGAAUUUCCAACCCUUCAGGCAGCUGGGGACCCGGAAAAGAGUGGGCAAGACCAGGGAACCUCCGCUGUGUCGUAUGGGCCAGGACCAAGCCUCCGCCCUCAGAAUGUCACGAGCUGGAGGGACGGGGGUGGUAGGGGGGGGUUGGCUCUGGGCACAGUGGAUGGUGAAGGCCGUGAGCCUGCCGCAGACACGGCACAUCCUUCCGGCUCUGAGCCGGGUGCCCGCCCAGGGCUACCUCCCCCUGCACCCCAGCAGUUCCCUCCAUACCGGGGGAUGUUGGCACCAUUUAUGUAUCCCCCAUACCUGCCUUUCCCUCCUCCUUACGGGCCACAGGGGGCCUUCCGCUUUCAAGGACCAGAGGCCCCCAGGUUCCCACGGCUGGCAGCUUCCCGUACUCCACAGUCUGCUCCCAGGAUGUCAGAGCCUGUGAACCGUCCAUCAAUUUUAAAGCAGGAUGACCUGAAAGAGUUGGAUGAACUUGAGCAAGAGGGUGAUGAUGGCUGGGCAGGGGCACACGAGGAGGUGGAUUACAUGGAGAAGCUAAAAUUCAGCGAUGAUGAGGAUGGGAAAGAAACAGACGAUGACGAAAAAAGGGAAACUUUUAUUCCCAGCACAGAGCAGCUGCCUGCACCUUUAGCACAGAGGGCAGCAGAUCCUUCUGAUGCCAGGAAGGGUGCACCCACUGAGGAAAAGCCUCCCCCGGCCAAGGCAGCCUGGACAGAGGGGCCACGAGCCCCAGAACCUACACAAGCACCUGUCGCCAUUGCACCAACUGCUCACAGGGGUCAGCCUGCUCGUCGUGGGUCACAGCCCGAACACAAGGAGAAGCAAGCUGCACCCCCAGUGGCUCCACCAGAAGAUGAGGACGAGGCGUGGCGCCAGCGCAGGAAGCAGUCAUCCUCUGAAAUCUCGCAAGCAGUAGAGAGAGCUCGCAAGAGGAGAGAGGAGGAAGAGCGCCGCAUGGAGGAGGAGAGGAGAGCUGCUUGUGCCGAGAAGCUGAAACGUCUAGAUAUGAAGCAUAAACCAGCUACUGAGGAAGCUGAGCCUGUCACAACUGUUAAGAGUGGGGCCAUUGAAGUGGCAGAACCCAGAAAUCCGACUCCUCCUGCUGUAGAAGAGGAACCCCCAGCUGCUGUGCCUACGCCACAACCUGUUGUGGCCCCGCCUUCACCAGAAGCUCCACCGGUGGUCCAGGAAGAGCCAGCUCCCCCUACUCCCCCAAGACCUGAACCUAAACAGGAGCCAGCACCACCCAUAAGUCGUCCUCCUACCACAGGUCCUGCUCAAGGGAGCUACAGCAAGUUUCAGAAAAGCCUGCCCCCUCGCUUCCAGCGGCAGCAACAGGAACAGUUUAUGAAGCAGUGGCAGCAGACUAGAGAUCCAGCACCUCCAGCGCCUACUGCUGCGCCACCACCUCAACCACAGCAGCCCACAUCUUCUGCUGCUCAGGCUCCACAAAAAGCUCUAUAUAGCGGAGGAUCAAUAGGGCGGGCAACUCCUGCUCCCCAGCCGCAACCUUCUCCUCUGCCUCCUCCCCAUGUGAGCUACGAUCCUCGCUGGGUGAUGGUCCCUCCUUUUAUAGACCCUCGCAUCAUGCAAGGGAGACCACCUCUUGACUACUAUCCCCCUAAUGCAGGGGUGCACCCUCCCACAGGUCUUAUGCCCCGUGAGCGCUCUGACAGUGGGGGCUCAGGCUCGGAUGGAUAUGAUCGUCAUCCUUCUUUGAUAAGAGAGAGAGGGACCCCACCAACAGAUCCAAAGCUUGUGUGGGUUGAUGAUAUGUACACUCCAGAUACACGACCUAUCACAUCCCCUCUGAGGAAGACUCCAGAGGAAGAUGAUCGAGAAAUAAGAAGUGACACUCCUCCUGUUCGCCCUCUUGCACCACAACAACCACAGCCAGCACCUUUUAUUGGCAACUUCUCCACUUUUCCGGAUAAUACCCCGCCCUCUCCUCAACACUCGCAUGGAGGACAUCGCUUUCCUGCUGAUGAGCAACGUGCUUGGCACCAGCUUAACCAUGCAGCACCACCACCACCACCUACUCCUCCCAGUGAUCAGAAACGUCCUGAGGUGGCAUCUACUCAGCCUGCUCCUCCAGCCUCUUCCACUCAUACCCACAGAGAAGACGAUGAACCAGUUGUACUUCAUAGGGAGACUACAGCUCCUCCUCCACCAACACCACCUGUCCAGCCUGAAGCCAUCUCGAAGGUUGAGGUUAACAGUGGUAGGCACAGAGAAGAGAGGAAAGAACCUGCUAAAGAAGAACCAAAGCCUGAGAGAGCUGGACAAGCUGGUAGACCUGAGUAUCACAGGGCUCCACCUCGACGUGAGUCUAAAACAGAGACACGCUGGGGUCCUAGACCAGGUGGUGGUGGAACCCGGAGACAGGAAGAAAAUGCUGUGCCCAUGGGGAAUCUAAGCACUGCUCCUACUCAACGCCGUAUGGGCCCCAUUAAACGGGCAGUGAGGAGGGAUGAUGGUAUAACACGAGAGCAGCAAGAGGUUAAGACUAAUCAUGCACCGCCAAUUUUACUUGAAGUGCAAAAACCAAGGCAAACAAGCCAGCCUAACAGAGAGGUAGAGUCAACAUCUGGUUUAUCCUUAUCCCAGAGAAAGAAAGAAACCGUGCCCCUAACACCUAACCGUGGUUCCCCAGCAAUGAUAUCAACAAAUCGUGGCAGAGGUAGAGGAGAAUAUUUUGCAAGAGGGAGAGGGUUCCGUGGGGCGUAUAGUGGUCGAGGCCGGGGUGGGCGAGGGAGAAGUCGGGAAUUCCGUGGAGGAUACAGAAGAGAGAGCCCUUUUUACAGAGAAGAGGGAGAGACUGAGGGCAAGGUUUCAGGCAUUUCUGGAGGUAGGGAACGCAAUGCAAGUGAAACGCGUAGCGAGGGCUCAGAGUAUGAUGAAAUACCGAAGAGAAGGAGGCAACGUGGUUCUGAGACUGGGAGUGAGACUGAACCAGCUGCCUAUGACAAGGAUUUGGGAAAAAUAGGACUACCACAGCAGCAGGUAGAUAUUGUAGCUGUUGGCAGCCAGCGUCAGCCAGACAAAGGCAGGGAGGCUGGCAGAGGGCGCACUUUUACACCUCGAGGUGUGCCAUCCAGGAGGGGCAGAGGUGGAUCAUCUGUUUCCAUUGCUUGGGGCCCACAUCCUAAACAGCCACCAUCACCUCAACUGCCACAAAAUCAUCCUCCAUCCCAGAAUAAUAAGACAGAGAGAAAGGGUGAGAAGACGGUUAUCACAGUGGGUUCCCCAGUACCUGGUGAUGAACGUCCUCCCCCACCACCCAGGAGGAGGCGUCAUCAUGGUAGGUCACAACAGCAAGACAAACCUCCACGUUUUCGGAGGCUCAAACAAGAACGAGAUAAUGCUACUCGUGUAGAAAAUGGAGUGCAGCAUCCAUCACCACCUCAACAGCAUUCUGUGAUGACACAAGAACAGCACCAAAGGCCUGCACAGAGUGAAGAACGUGCACCCCCUCGCCGAAGCCUCAAGUCUCCAGAGCCUUGCAAUGCUAACUCUGAUCAGGCUAACGAAGAAUGGGAGACUGCCUCAGAGAGUAGUGACUUUACAGAGAAAAAAGAUAGGGGAGAGGUGCUAGUCCAGAAUGGAGGGGAUAUUACUGGCUCAAAUCCUGCAGGAGGAAGAGAACAAAGAAAGGAUUUGUCCAAAAGAAGCUUCUCCAGCCAGCGGCCUGCUAUGGAGAGGCAGAACCGCAGACCUACACACCCUGCUGGGCAACGCACAGGGAGAGGUGGGGCUGGCGGUGGUAGGAGUGGAGAAAAAAGGAGUUGGCCUUCCCCAAGGAACAGAGGAGGGAGAACUAAUGAAGAUCGCCCACCUCCCAACGCUCCCCUCCCCCACCCACCCUCAAGCACCAGUGCAGUGUACAGAGUAGACCGGGUUAUCCACAGUGACCCAGUGGGUAUACAGCAAGCUCUUAAUGAGCUGGGUCAGAGACAUGGGAAACCAGUGCCUGCUAAUCAUACUGUAGACCCUUCAACCAGACACUGCCAACCCAAAGCAGAUUCUAUGCUGGGCGGUCGCGGGGAAACAGUUAAUGAAACAUUUGAUGUCUCACUGCAAAAACGAAAUCCCCGUCCUAGGAAGGGUCGUGACAUUUUAAGAGAGGAUGUUCCAGCUGCUGAAGGGUCUGGCCCAACCUCGGCAUGGACUGAGCAGAAUGCCAGAGAACGUCGCCCAGAAACUCUUUCCUCACACGCCUGGAACCGAGAGCCGAGCAAUGAUCGUGCCAAGCUGUGUGCUUCUUACCCCAUGAAACCAUGGAUGAAUCCCAUUGGCUCCUAUGAAGACCCUUUUAAAUACAGAGGUAAAAGGAAAUGUGUCAUAACUGUUCAAAGAAUAAAUAUGAGGUUUGCUGGGUGAGGGUGGUUGGCACUG